CAGCAGCAAGCGCGUUUUGGAUCUUUGAGCGCUGAAAAUUGUAAUGUAAAAAUACGAGAAAUAAAUGUGUAUUGGCCAUCAUGGCAAAUCCAAGGAAAUUCAGUGAAAAAAUUGCCCUCCAUAAUCAAAAGCAGGCUGAGGAAACUGCCGCUUUUGAAAAAAUUAUGCGUGAAGUUUCCGACGCAACCAAUAAGCCUGAAGAAGCUACACUGGCAACACAAUAUGGCCUGGGUGGUGGUCGCAGUGGAGGGACAUCACCGUCUCGUUCGCCUGGUCAAAGAGGCCGCACCUCCUCGUCUGUAGGUCCAAUGCGCCGACCUGCCGACCGGAAGCAUGAUACCAGUCCUUAUGGAAGCACUGUUUACUUAAGUCCACCGCCGGACAGCAACUGGAGACGUACGAACUCUGAUUCGGCGUUACACCAGUCAUGUGGGGGCGACCAGCAAGCGGGUGCGCCGUCGCUUUCCCCCCACCAUCAUCCGCUACAUUCACACGCACACCCUCACUUGCAUCCGCAUCAAAAUCAUAGGAGAGUUGGCGAAAUGCACUUAAACGUUUUAGGAAUGGGCAUGCAUCCGACGAAUCGUCCCAGAUCAUCAUGUGAAAUACCGAGGAUACCAAAUAAUAAUAACGUGUACGAGAGCGGGGGGGAGGGCGGCGGCGGCGGCGGGGGCGGGGGGCUGGCGUGCGGCGAGCUGCAGGUGCCGGGCGGCUCGCUGCCCGACCUCACCGCCCUGCACUUCCCGCACUCCUCGCCGCACUACCUGCCGCACCGAACCAACACCUCGCCUGACUACCACAAUAGAUACAGUCCGACGUCGCCCGGGGCGGUGUCGCCCGCGUCCGGCUCCCCCAGCGCGGCGCCGCACACGCUGUACGACGCGCAGAAUCACUUAUCUGUACCAAACACAAAUAAUUAUCUUCAUCAUAGUAAGAACAUGUCACCUUUAGACCACGGAUGGAUAACGUCCGGGUACCAGUCGCACUGUAGUCCGCCCUCGCAAUAUUCAUCUACGUCAAAUAUAAACAUACCUUCGCCUACGAUGGCACAUAGUCCAGGUAGUCCGGUGGAAUCUCCGCAGGGUGACUACAGUUUACACCAAACGCUAUUGCAACCCUUCGAACAAAUUACAAUGCAAGGAGUUGACUGGGCGCAGUUGGUGCAGAGCCUCGUCGAGUCAGGCUGGACCGCGCACGUUCAAGUAGCGGAAAAUUUGGAUCAACCAGUGACGAAUUACAACACGACGUACCUAAAUCACAGUUCGCCGCAUUCACCGCAGACGACGAACACGCAACAUACGUACACUCAGUCAUCGCAGAGCAACGAUUGCCGGCGCGGGGCUCGCGACCCGGUAGCGGGGGGAUUCCCGGCGCUGCAGCCCCUCGCGUCCCCCUCCGCGCCCCCCACACCCGCCACGCCCGCCAGCAUACCCGACAUCAUACUCACCGAUUAUUCGGGCGAACUGGACGCGGGCAUUUUCGGCGGGGAGGAGGCUCAGCUGCGGGCCGGCCUCGACCUGGACGACCUCAACCUGCUGGAGGAGCCGAGCGCGCUGUUGCCGGACUCGUCCGUCGAGCACGAGUUCCGGCUCGACCGCUUGUAGUACCGCGCCCGUCGUGCCCGCGCCUCACUCGCCCUCUGAACGUCCGCCGUCGUCAUGCCGACGGUACACUCACCCCUACAGAGCCUCACUGCAUCUAUAUAAAUAACUAGC